AUGCCACUGCUUCAUUCACUAAAGACAAAUAUUAUCACAAGCACAAUUUACGGCAGUUUUUCUCCCUUGAACCUUCACUCUUUCUCUAUCUCUCUCCCUAUCUCUUGCUCUCUCUCUCUCUCUCUCUCUCUCUCUCUAUUGCAGUUUCUCCCUUCCUCUCUCUCACUCUCUCUCUCUUCCACUUUCUAUCUCUUUCACUCUUACUCGCUCUCCCUUCCUCUCUAUCUUUCUCUCCUUCUCUUUCUCCCUUCCUCUUUCUGUCUCUUUCACUCUUACUCGCUCUCCCUUCCUCUCUUUCUCUAUUUCUCUCUUGCUUUUCUUUCUUCCUCUUUCUAUAUAUUUCACUCUUACUCGUUCUCCCUUUCCUCUCUCUCUCUCUCUAUUUCUCUCUUGCACUUUCUCUCUUCCUCUUUCCAUCUCUUUCACUCUUACUCGUUCUCCUUUCCUCUCUCUCUCUCUCUAUUUCUCUCUUGCUCUUUCUUUCUUUCUUUCUAUCUCUUUCACUAUUACUCGCUAUCCUUUCCUCUCUCUCUUUCUCUUUCUUUCUUGAUCUUUUCCCUUCCUCUUUCUAUCUCUUUCACUCUUACUGGUUCUCCCUUACUCUUUCUCUCUUGCUCUUUCUCUCUUCCUCUUUCUAUCUCUUUCACUCUUACUCGUUCUCCCUUCCUCUCUUUCUCUUUAUUUCUCUCUUGCUCUUUCUCCCUUCCUCUUUCUAUCUCUUUCACUCUUACUCGCUCUCCCUUCCUCUCUGUCUCUCUUUCUCACUUGCUCUUUCUCCCUUCCUCUUUCUAUCUCUUUCACUCUAACUUGUUCUCCCUUCCUCUCUCUCUCUCUCUCUCAUGUAACGGUCUCUUUUCGUUUUUCUUUCUUUCUUUCUUUCUUUCUUUAUAUUCUAUACAUAUUUCUGUCGAAUUUCUUUCUUGGGCCAGAAUUUCUUUGUUUGUUGGGCCAAAAUUUCUUUGUUGGGCCAGAAUUUCUUUGUUUGUUGGGCCAGAAUUUCUUUGUUUGGCCUAA